CCUUUUGAAGACUUCGCACCCUUCUCUCACACAUAAGAGCCUCUCUUAGUUUCUCUCUCUACAACUCUUUCUUCACUGCAUCUGUCUAUAAAUCUUCUUCUCUUCACGUAUUUACACAGCUUGAUUGCUUGCUUAGAUUUAUAUGGAUAAGGGAUGGGGUCUAACACUUGAUUCUUCCGAACCCUUCAAUUUCUUUGCUGCAAAUCAGAAGUCGACUAGUAGUUCGUUUCAUAAGCUCGGGAUGUAUCAGUUUCCUGUCAGUCUUGGCGCCCCGGCCGAUGAGAAUCGGGUGGUGGUCGGAGAGGUCGACUUUUUUGAUAGAAAGAACAGGAUUGCUGAUCAUGAAGAUCGAGAUGAUGCUGAUGGUGAUGCCAGAAAAGUUGAUGUUAAUGUCAAGAAGGAGAAUUCUCAAUCCAAUUUGGAUGUAAAUACUGGGUUGCAUCUUCUGACUGCUAAUACUGGAAGUGAUCAAUCAAUGGUGGAUGAUGGUGUAUCGUCACAUGUGGAUGAUAAGAGAGCCAAUAAUGAAUUGGCACAGCUGCAAACAGAGCUUCAUAGGAUGAAUUUAGAGAAUCAAAGGUUGAGAGAAAUGCUUGGUCAAGUGAGUACUAAUUAUCGUGCUUUAGAGAUGCACCUGGCAGCACUGAUGCAACCAAAACAACAUGAAUCCGCUCAUGAUCACCCGAUUGUUGAAGGAAAAUCUGGGGAUAAGAAGGUUGAAAUGAGGGUGCCAAGGCAGUUCAUGGAUCUACGACCUUCAGCAACUGCUGAGACUGAUGAGAACCUAUCUAAUUCAUCAUCUGAUGAGAAAACUCGUUCUGGUUCUCCUCGAAAUAACGUUGAAGUUGCAUCUAAAACUAGCGUUCAAGAUAAUGGCAAGAGAGUUGGCAGGGAAGAGAGUCCCGAGUCGGAGUGGAAUACUAACAAGGCUCAGAAAUUGAACAACACUGUUAAGAGUUCUGGUAGUGUUGAUCAGUCUACUGCUGAUGCCACGAUGAGGAAAGCUCGUGUCUCAGUUCGUGCCCGAUCAGAAGCUCCCAUGAUCACUGAUGGAUGUCAAUGGAGAAAAUAUGGACAAAAGAUGGCGAAGGGAAAUCCAUGUCCACGAGCUUACUAUCGAUGCACCAUGGCAGUCGGUUGCCCAGUUCGCAAACAAGUUCAAAGAUGUGCGGAGGACAGAACAAUUCUGAUUACAACAUAUGAAGGCAACCAUAACCAUCCGCUGCCACCGGCAGCAAUGGCAAUGGCAUCAACCACAACAGCAGCAGCUACAAUGCUACUCUCAGGCUCAAUGUCAAGUGCAGAUGGAAUAAUGAACUCAAAUUUGCUAGCAAGAGCCGUACUUCCUUGUUCAUCAAGCAUGGCAACAAUUUCAGCUUCUGCUCCAUUUCCUACCGUGACAUUAGACCUCACUCACUCCCCCAACCCAUUACAAUUCCAAAGACCUCCCCCACAAUUCCAGGUCCCAUUCCCAGGACAACCCAACAAUUUCGGGAACCCGCAGUUGUCUCAGGCAUUUGGUCAAACAGUUUACAACAACCAAUCCAAAUUCUCCGGACUCCAACUCUCUCAAGACCCCAGUUCUUCCCAAUUACCUGCAAUGCCACCAGCGAUGGCGCCCCAAGCGCAACCUUCACCGUUUGCUGACUCCGUGAGUGCUGCCACCGCCGCCAUCACUGCUGAUCCUAAUUUCACAGCAGCACUAGCAGCAGCCAUUAGCUCUAUUAUCAAUAGUGGUGGAAAUGGUGGUACCAACACCUCCGCCAACACAAGCAACAAUAACAAAAUCAGUAGUUUCCCUGGAAAUUAACUUGAUUUGAACUUUCAUCUUCUUUUUUUAUUUUGGGGUUUUCUUUUAAUUUCUUUGGAGUACCAUAAUGAAAGUUACAUGUUGAUAGGUUUAGAGAGAACAAAGAAGUUUCAUUCUUUUUUCUUUUUUAUUGCUUCAUUUUGAAUAAUAUUUUAUCCUAGUAAAUAUACAAAAACACAGAUGGAAAGUAUUUAAUAUUUACCA